AUGGCAACAACAGUAACAGUAUCAUCAUAACACACGAGGUCAAUCAAGCAAUAAAGUUCUACUAAACCUCGAAAUUAUGGAUUUAUUAUUAAAAUUAAAAGUUUAUAAUAUUGUUUAAUAAUUUAACAAUAAACAUAACCAAAGUAUUAAUAUAUAAAAUAAUAAUAUAUUUAUUAUUAUUUUAUAAUAACAAUAACAAUAAUAUUUUUAAUAUUUGAAUAAAUAAAGUGUCACGUGGUGGCCACCCACGUUUCCCAACAUUUGUGGGUAAACAAGAAAAGACUAAACAAAAAUCAUCAUUUAUAUACACACACAUAGUUAUUAUUAUUAAUAAUAAUAUAUCUGUAUGUAUAUAUAUAUACAUAAUUUUUUUGUAUAUGUGUUAGUUGAGUUGUUUAGUGAUCACACAAAUUAAUCACUGCUGUAUAUUUUUUAUUAUAUUCCAAAAAAAGAAGAAGACAAAAGGAUACAAUACAAGGCCACGAUGUCGUAUUCACGUACACAGGAAAGCGACGCGUGGGCGCUACUUUCCCUAAAAUCAGCACCGGCAAGUCCAACAAAAAUGCAGUGGAAUCCAGAAUCAAAGGGUGCACCAAUUGCACGUUUAGAAGGACGUGAAUUUGAAUAUAUGGUACGACAAAAACGUAUUACAAUUGGACGUAAUAGUAGCAGAGGCGAGGUUGAUGUUAAUAUGGGACAUUCAAAUUUUAUAUCAAGACGACAUUUGGAAAUAUAUUAUGAACAUCCACAUUUUUUGAUGAUUUGUAAUGGUAAAAAUGGAGUAUUUAUUGGUGGUGCAUUUCAUCGUAAAAGUGCACCAGCAUAUCAAUUACCAAAACAAUGUGCGUUUAGAUUUCCAAGUACCAAUAUACGUUUGGAAUUUCAAUCCCUAAUUGAUGAUCAAGACCAUGGUAAUGUUAAUAGAAUAUCACCACCACCACCAAAACAACGUCAACCAUUACCACCAUUGCGUAUUAAUAUACCUGAUAAUACAGGUUACAGUAGUCCAUUUCCAUCACCAACUGGUACAAUAAGUGCUGCAAAUUCAUGUCCAGCAAGUCCACGCUCUGGUCAACUUAGAAGAAAUGUUGCUGCUGAUUUACAUAUGGUUGCAGCAUGUGCAGCAGAUGUUGCUGAUGAUCCGUAUGCUACUGAUAGUACUGGACAAAGUACAAGUCAUCAUAUGUCACCAGAAUCUGGUAGUGAAGCAAGAUAUCGUAAUAAUAAUAAUAAUAAUAAUAAUAAUAGUGGUCAAGGACCAAAUGGUACAUCAACACAUUAUAGUCCACCAAAAGAAGAUACUAAACCACCAUAUUCAUAUGCUCAAUUAAUUGUACAAGCAAUUGCAUCAGCAUCAGAUAAACAAUUAACAUUAUCUGGUAUUUAUUCAUAUAUAACAAAGAAUUAUCCUUAUUAUCGUACAGCUGAUAAAGGAUGGCAAAAUUCAAUAAGACAUAAUUUGUCAUUGAAUCGUUAUUUUCUUAAAGUACCAAGAAGUCAAGAAGAACCAGGUAAAGGUAGUUUUUGGAAAAUUGAUCAACAAUCAGAGGGUAAACUUAUUGAACAAUCAUUUAGAAGAAGAAGACAACGUGGUGUACAAUGUUUCCGUGCUCCAUUUGGACCAUCAUCAUCAAGUGCUCCAGCAUCACCAUCACAUAUUAACAUGAGUGGAAUAAUGACACCUGAAUGUUUAAGUAGAGAAGGUUCACCAGGUCCUGAUAGUUCUUAUCCUGAUAGUUCUGUACCAUCACCAGCUGGACAAUUAACAAGUCAAUCAGCACCUGGAUCACCUGGACAUCCUUAUAUUUCAUCAGGUCCAACAACUCAAAAAGGACGUCUUAUUCAUCAAAUUGGAGUAGUAACAAAUGGUAGUAGUGGUGAUGUACAACGAGAAGAUAAAUAUAUGCCCGGUAAUAUUGUGGAGGAACAAUCGUUAUCGCCUGCAGGCCAAUAUAGUCCGGCACCUGUUAUUGUACCUGUAUAUAAUUACAGUGGUAACUAUGGUGGCCCUGACGCAGGCGUUGGGGUAAAUAAACGUAUCCUCGAGGAUCCAGAUAGUCCAGGUUCACCAGCACCACUUGCAAUUGUUGAAAGUCCAGAACCACCAGAAUAUUCAGGACAAAAACGUCAACGUAUUAACGACUCAGAUGAACAUUAAAUUUCUACGUUUGACUACAUAUUCUUGUACCGUAGGACAUUGUUAUUACAUUAUUACUAUUAAUAUUAUUAUUGAUUUUUUUUUCUUUUUUUUUUUUUUUGUUCAAUUUAUAUAUUAUUAUGAAAAUAUCAGACGAAUCGUCCGCUCGAUAUCGAUAUUAACAGACGAUGAGCUUUGUACGAUUUUCAAUAGAAAAAAAAAAAAAAAAAAAUCAAUUAUAUGCAUUUUUUUUUUUUUUUUCUCAUAAUCGUGUUUACAUUUUAGACGUUAUAAUAAAGAGUCUUGAAAUGGCCGUGAUAUAUUGUAAAACGUAGUAAUAAUAGAUUUUUUUUUUUCUUUUUAAUUUUGUUUUUGUUGUUUUUAAUAAGUCCCAAUUCAGUGAUUAGAUUAUGUCAAAUUUGAUUAUUAAAAUAGUGAUUAUUAUUAUUUUCUCUUAUAUUUAAAAAAAAAAUAAUUCAAAUUGAAUUGUGUUUUGUUUUGUGUUGUUAACGAGUGGAUGAUCCGUCUGACUUGCAUCCUGCCCUGAAGGCCCUCGUCUAUUUAGUUACAAACAUCAUUUAAAUGAAUAUAUAUUAAAUUUUAUUAAAUUCGUAUUCUCUUGAAUAUAUAUAACAAUACUUAUUCCAUUUUUGGAAUUUUUAUAAAAACAAAAUUUUUAAGAAAAUUCGUUUUAAUAAAUUAUAACAAGUGUUUAAAAUUGUUGGGUCAAAUCAAGGUAGCUAAAUAACAAAUUGUCAGACUGGGUGACAAAUGUUUUCAAGUUUUUCUAUAAAUGCAUUUUCAAAUUGUUAAAUAUAACAUGAAAAAUAAUAAUAAUAAUUUAAAAACAAAUAAAUAAUUUAUCAACGUAAUUAUAUUGGGAAACUAAUGUCAUUAGAAAAAAAAAAUACAAAAACUUAAAUUAUAAAUUUAAUAAUCACUGAAUAAAAAAAAGAAAAAAAAAAAAAAAUCACUAUUAAUUGUUAAAUAGUUAUCACUUGAAAUGGCAAUUAAUUUGUUAUCUGUCUGAUGAUAGCUAAAAUAUAAAUAACCAAGCACCACAAAAAAAAAAAAUAUAUAUAUAUUUACUUACGAACAAAAAAAAAAUUGAAAAUAACUCAUUUGUAAUAAUUGAAAUUAAUAUAAGUAAAAUAUUGUUUUUUUUUUUUUUCCCAAUAUAAAUGCGAUUUAAUAAUUUAUCCGAGUACUCCAUAAAAAAAAAAUUGAUUAUUUUUAAGAGUACACAAUAGAUUAUGCCAAUUUGAACAAAAGAAAAUAAACAAAAAAAAAUAUAAGAGAAAAAAUUAAUUAAAAAAAUUAGAUUUAAAGAAAAAUUAAAAAUUAAAAAAAAAUUAAAAAUAGUAAUAGAGUACUAGGAUUUUGUAUAUACGUUUAAAUUCAUAUAUAUUUAAAAAAUAUGGGGUACUCUGGAGUCCCCAUCUUAGGUCCCAAGAAAAAAAAUAUUUUAACCCCCCAAAUCCCCAUUCCUCAUCAAUUUUUCCUCCCCUUUAUUUUUCCACAGUUUAAGAAUAAUAAUAUCUAUUUCUCUCGAAUCUCCUGAAUGACAGAAAAACUCAGGAACAUGAAAAAAAUUUGCUACAUCAUAAAAUAAUAUUGAUUUCAAAAAAAAAAAUAAUUACACACAUAUGUAUAAAUUGUCUAUAAAAAAAAAUCGCAAAUAAAUAGAUGAGUAUUGGUUUUUAAUGAUAAUUACUUUUUUUUUUUUUUUUUUUUUAUAUGUAAAAAAAAAAGUGUGAAUGAAUGAAAAGUUAAAGAAAAUAUAAAAAAAAAAAAAAAAAAAAAACCAAAUAAAAUUUAAUGAAAAAUAUAGUAUAUAAGCCAAGCGACCUCUAUUUUUGUGACGAUUAGCGUAAUAACGUUGAAAAAAUUUUAAACUUAAAUUAAUAAACAAAAUUUGAUGCGCUCGAAGCGAUUAAUCAUGAAUAAUGUGUGUGCAGUGAUGAAGAGAAAAAAUAAUAACGUUAAAUUUUUUUAGGGUUUAUUGUAUUUAAAAAGAAUUUUUUUUUUAUGAAAAUUAUAAAUUCUUAAUUUCAUUAAUUAUUACAAUAUUUUGUAACUAUUAUUAUUUUUUCUAAAAUAUUUUUUUAUUGAAAAAAAUUUAUCGAUAAUGCAUAUUCAUUUUUUUUUUUUAAUAAAAAAAAAAUACUCAAAUGAGUUUAUCAAAUAUUCAAAUUGUAAAAAAAAAAAAAUAUAAAUAAUAAUUGGAAAUGAAAUUUAAAAAGUAUUUAUAAAAAAUAAAUAAAAAUGAAUAAAUAACUGAUAUUAAAAUAUGUGCUGAGAAAACCUGGUAUGUUUUUUGUGGAAAUUCGAGACUGUGCACGUACAAUAAAUACAAAAUAAAAGAAAAAAUGUUGAUAAAAAAAAUUUAAAAAUGUACUCAUCAGUGUACAAACUAAAGGGGAAUAAAAAAAAAAAAAAAUAUGAAAAUAAACGAUUUAAAAUAAUAAAUUAAAAGUAAAAAAAAAAAUAUAGGAUAACAAAAUAAAAAAAUAAUAAAUAAUCGUGUCAACGAUUUGAGCUGGUUAUUUUGCCGGCAUUGUGAUUAUAUUUGUCAGCAAAAUGAAAUAAUAUGUAAACUAUUAAAAUGAAGAAUAAAGAUAAAGGGGAAAAUUAAAUUAAAAAAUUGAUUAAGAAAAAAAAUAGCAAGUAGAAUGACACGUCCUACUUGAAGGAAAAAAGAAAAAAAAAAAAAAAUUGUAAACAAGAAUAAAUAAUAAUUCAUAAUAAACUUGAGAAAGAAAAAUAUAUCACUGGUUAUAAUUGAAUAUAAAUCAAGUCUAAUAAUGUAUAGAAUGUCAUAGGUAAAAAAAAAAAAAAAAGAAUUCAAUUAAAUAA